AUGUCAGCAGUAUCUCUCUUCUUGCUGCUGCUCCUCCAAAAAACUUGCCAUGCUGCUGCAGCAGAUGGCCAGGUCCCGGACCACUACUGUGAACCUUCUUCCUGCGGGGAAAUCCCCAUCAUCAAGCCCCCUUUCCGGCUCACAACCGAUCCCGAGAGUUGCAGUAACCUCAACCUUAGCCUGUCAUGUGAGAGCAAUUCCACCGUGUUGUACAGGGGAUCAAGAAGGUACUACGUGAAGGCGAUCAACUACAACAACUUCACAAUCCGGUUGGUGGCCGAUGGUGUGGUUAAAGGAAACUGCUCUUCCUUACCCGCUCAACCUAUGUCCCCAUGGGACUUCUCUGUCUCAGUAGGUGGUCUAUCUUACCAUGGACCAGAACACAAGCUUUUAACUCAAGGCUUGACUCUGAUCAACUGUGACAACCCUGUUGUCCAUUCUUCUACUACUACACCACCACCACCACUAGUGCAAGUGGAAACAAGUCCUUGCAUCCAUUUUGUACCAAACUCUGCUUCUUCUUCGACCAGCUAUGCGGUUAUUGGGUGGGGUGCAGAGUUAUCAGAUUUGCCAGACUCGUGCCGGGUGGAGAUGACUGCUCUGUUGCCCAUUGCCAGUGAUUACUAUUACAACAACAAUAAUGUCACAUUUGAAGGAAUUCAUCGACAGCUUGAAUACGGGUUCGAGGUUUCAUGGUUGCCUCCUCCCACUGAGUCGUACACUUACAGAUGCCCCUAUCGGGGGCCGAGUUGGAUCCAUGAUCCAGGGAAACCGAACACUAUCAUCUCGAAUGCAGUGAUGAGUGCAAGCUGGAUCAUUAGGAUUGGUAAACCUUUUCUAACUUUCAUCAUCUUAACUAUAAUGGUUCCAUCUUAUCCGCUGCACUCCAUCACCAUCAGGUACUCUUACUAUCACAUCAAGAAAAUGACCAGUGGGUUCAAGGACAAGCUAGGCCAAGGAGGGUUUGGCUCCGUCUACAAAGCAAAGCUACGCGGUGGCAGCAUUGCAGCCGUCAAAUUACUAGAUUCCAACAACAAGAAGCCAUCCACAACCGCAGCAGGACGAAGAGGACAAGACUUCAUGAAUGAAGUGGCCACCAUUGGCAGGAUUCACCAUGCCAAUGUUGUCCGCAUGAUCGGCUACUGCUCCGAAGGAUCAAAGCAAGCUCUGGUGUCUACGGUGGGGACCUGUAUUGCAGUUGGAGAAGUCACAGAAGAGGAAGACAACAUUGCCAAGAAGAUGGUGAUGGUUGCAUUGUGGUGCAUACAGAUGAAACCCGACGAGCGCCCCCCGAUGAACAAAGUGGUGGAAAUGCUUGAAGGCGACUUGAACAGCCUGCCAUUGUCUCCCAAACCUCUUCUGUAUCCUAGAGGAGAAGCUGCAAGGAAGAGUGAAGAAGGGUCUUCUUCGUCAUUUGUCUCCUGCAGCGAACUUGUCAAGUUGCUGCUGCUGCAGCUGUUGUUCCUGCACCAGCAGAUAGCCCGGUCAUGGUGGAGCCCUACUGUCGACCUUCUUCCUGUGGCGAAAUCAUCAUCCAGUCUCCUUUCCGGCUCACAACUACAGCCUGCCAUCGUUAAUUCUUCUUCAUUUAGAGCCUUCUAUUCUUCCAUGAGAAGAGGAAAGCCAUUUCUGGGGAUAGUAACGCCAGAAGAACAAUUAAAUGGUGCCUUGGCUCUGGUAAGCUGUGACAACCCAGUGGCCAAUUCUACACUGUAUGUGGAAACAGCUCCUCGAAUCGGUGGUUCCAACCCGCAUUCGCCAUCUAGUUAUGCCAUGGUUGGGAGCAGCGAUGGUGCAGCAGUACUGUUAUCCGAUCUUGCAGACACUUGCAGAGUGGAGAUGCUUUCUCUGUGUCCCAUUACCAAUGAGGAGAAGAUUAAUAGCUAUCACAACAUCAAGGUCCCGUUUCGUGAAAUUCACCGGCGACUUGAAUAUGGGUUCCAGCUUUCAUGGCUUAACUGCUCCUCCUUCUGUCCCUUGAUCCCAUUUUGCUACCUUGACGAUUAUGACAAUGUUUGCUGCAUGGUUGUAGCAAUUCGCCUGCUCGUGUUUGUGCUCGGAACCCCUGUUGUUAUUGCCCUUCUGGUAUAUAAAUGGCGAAGGAGACAUCGAUCAGCAUAUCACAGUAUCGAAGAAUUCUUGCAGAACCAAACCCACCUCAUGCCAAUCAGGUACUCGUACUAUCACAUCAAGAAAAUGACCGGCGGGUUCAAGGACAAGAUUGGCCAAGGCGGUUUUGGCUCCGUCUACAAAGCAAAGCUACGCAGUGGCAGCUUUGCAGCCGUCAAAUUACUCGAUGCCAACAAUAAGACGCCAUCCACAACCCGAGCAGGAAGAAAAGGUCAAGACUUUAUGAAUGAGGUUGCCACCAUUGGUAGGAUCCAUCAUGCCAAUGUAGCUCACCUAAUCGGCUACUGCUCCGAAGGAUCAAGGCAAGCCUUGGUGUACGAGUUCAUGCCAAAUGGCUCUCUUGACAAGCACAUCUCUCAUGACAACGAUGGUGGUGGUGGUGACCAAAGCAGCAGCAGCAACACCUCUUGUUUGAGCUUGGAACAACUGUACCGCAUCUCUCUGGGAGUGGCACGCGGGAUCGAGUAUCUCCAUUCAGGAUGUGAUAUGCAGAUACUCCAUUUCGACAUCAAGCCACACAACAUCCUCCUCGACGAAAACUUCACCCCCAAGGUAUCCGAUUUCGGGCUGGCGAGGCUGAACCAAGCUGGUCGGGACAACAACAUCGCGACUCUGACUGCAGCAAGAGGGACCAUAGGGUACAUGGCACCAGAACUGUUCUACAAGAACAUUGGAGGUGUGUCUUACAAAGCCGAUGUCUACAGCUUCGGGAUGCUGCGGCUGGAAAUGACAGGGAAGAGGGGGAACUUGAAUGCUGCGGAGACGGAUCAAUCAACGGCUUACUUCCCUUCAUGGGUUCACAACGAGGUGUCUACGCCGGGGACUCCAAUUGCAGUUGGAGAAGUCAGGGAAGAGGAAGACAACAUUGCCAAGAAGAUGGUGAUGGUUGGAUUGUGGUGCAUUCAGACGAAACCUGACGACCGUCCCCCGAUGAACAAAGUGGUCGAGAUGCUUGAAGGCGACUUGGAGAGCCUGCAAUUGCCUCCCAAACCUGUUCUGUUUGCUGCAGAAGCUAUAAGGGAGAAUAAAGAAGGGUCGUCUUCGUCAUUCGUCUUGUCAUCCGAGUAUUCACAAUCUGUUAUCAGCUCAGUUCAGCUCUCUGAUAAACUUUCUCUCAACAUGGACGCGGAACACGAAGUCAAGGAUUCGACUAAUGAGGAAGAGGAGCAGCAAGAAAUGGGGAAGAAAAUGGUUGCUAAAGGGCACAAAAAGAUGCAUUGGAAAGAUUCAAGCAAAAGGUUAGUGUUUCCCCUUUCACCUACUCGAUAUUGUAUAGUCUAG